GCUGGUGGGAGGCUCACGGUGGGGACAUGCCGCUGCCUCAUGCUCGCGCUCAGGCCUGCCCAGCCGGGCCUCGGGUUGGCCCCGAGGACUCGCGCACCCCGCUUCACCCGCCCGCCCCACUAACGUCCCCAGGGCGCGCUGCGGCGAUCCGCGAGGCCGGCGACGCCACGCACGCGGAGCCCUCGAACGCAGCGCACCGCCGCCCCGACGGCGGACACAGAGCGCCGCUCGGCGUCCAAGGGCGCCGCCUCCUGGCCGCGUGGGAGGGAAGGCAGGGCGGCAGAGGACGCGGCGCUGUGCCGCCCCCUGGGGGCCGGAGGACGGAGCCACAGCCCACCCGGCCAGCCCCGACGGCAGCCGCCCUGCGCCUAGAGGCGCGGGUCCUCGCAGCGCCCCCUGUCCGCCGCCGCCUCCUCCCCGCGGGUCGGAACGGCUCGACUCCACCCCCUUCCCCCCCACACCCCACGGGCCCCGCUGACUUUGACUCGGCUCCUCAGUCCGCCGGUAGGGGCAGCAACCAACGGCCGGUCCGCCGUGCCCACUCCCCCGGCCUGCCGAAGGGCGCCAGAAGCGAUGGCCCGCUAGGGAAGGCGCUGUGGGUGCGCGAGGAGAUGAAGACACUGAAGCUCAAAGAGAGUGUGUAACAUGCCUAAAGUGUCAUUCUGGAGGACCUGCUCUUUCCCAGCAGGUAACCACAUGGUCAAGAGGCUGAUCUCCCUCUAAAGGCCUCACCUUAUACUUCUGGGGCUCCAGGAAGAUGCAAGAGGGAACCCAACUGCUGCAGCCACCAAGGUCCUGAG